AUGAAAAUCAAAGAGGUGUCUAAGCUCAUGAACGGAGAGGACGUGCAGAUGAAGCUGGUGCUCCGCAGUGACGCCUCGGUGCCCAGACCAGUGUCCAUCAACAUCAGUGUGACAGCCAUGAGCUAUAACGGCAUGCCUUUGGCCCCCAUACAAUCUGAGCUCAAGAAGGAAAUGCUGCUCCCUGGCAAACCCCUGCAUGUGCCUGUAGUAGUGGCCUUCUCUGAGUACUGCAAGCCCAUGCUGGACAGUGAGGUGAUGAAGAUCUCUGCUGUGGUAUCCGACACGUCCAGCCCGGAUCAAGUUUACCUCGUGGAGAACGACCUGGUGUUACUGGACCCACCCUUAGAUAUAGAGCUGCUGAACGAGGCCCGGGUGUGGAGGGAGGCAGUAGUGGAGGUGGCGUUUGCCAACCCAGUAGAUCAGACCCUGGAGAAGUGCUCUCUCACACUUCCGACCGCGGCCUCUGCCUCGUCAGACCUGAACGGAGCCGCCGUCCUCAAAGCGUGUGACAUCCUGAACCAGAGACUGCUGCCCUACAAGGACCGGGACCCUCACGGCACCUGGGAGAGCUGGGUGAAUGCGGCGUACUUCGACAGAGUGAAUCUUAGUGCAAACGGCUUCUACAGGACUCCAGAUCUGGGCUAUGACUUUGAGACCAACUCGGGCCGCGCCUUUAACUAUUUCAGUUAUGGAGUCUGCUGCAGUGAGGUGGAGGUGGACUGUCUCACUGGAGUUCAUAAGAAUCUGAGCACCACCAUUGUGAUGGACGUGGGCCACAGCCUGAAUCCAGCUAUAGACAUCGGACAGGUGGAGGGUGCCUUCAUGCAGGGUGUGGGCCUUUUCACUCUGGAGCAGCUCCUUUAUAGUCCAGAUGGGGUUCUUUUAACUCGAGGUCCAGGGGCCUACAAAAUCCCAGGCUUUGGAGACAUCCCCACCCAGCUGCAGGUCUCUCUGCUCCGGGACGCACACAACGACAAGGCCCUAUACUCUUCAAAGGCUGUUGGUGAACCGCCCCUGUUUCUCGCAGCCUCAGUCUUUUUCGCCCUAAAAGACGCCAUUGCUGCAGCACGUUUGGAGGCGGGGCUGAAUGGCCCAUUCCGAUUGGACAGUCCGGCCACAGUAGAAAGGAUUCGCACAGCAUGUGCUGACCGCUUCACCAAAAUGUGUCCUGCAGCUGAAGAGGGGACCUACAGACCCUGGGCGGUCCUGGUCUGA